AUGUUUUAAUCAUAUGUAAUUGAUCGGAAAUUUAAGACAGAGUCAAGCAAAGUCGUUCAAAAUGUACGAUUUACAAAGGUAUUUCAAAGAGGAAAUGAACAUAAGAAUUAUUCUUUUGAAAUUCCCAAUGAUUAUGACUAAUUACCAAAAAAACUCAGGUGCCAAUCUACUUAUUCGAAUCUGUGUGGUUGCAGAUCACAUAAAUACCAAUUCUUUCAUGACAUCAUUUCCGAAUUUGCUGAACACAAAAAACAAAGAUUGGCUAAUGUUAUCAUACAAAAUCUAAGAUUUACAGAAAAAUCCACACUACCAUCCCAGGGUUCUGCACGCAACAUAUUCUCAAAGGGUGGACCAAGCCUAAAUCAUAAUUACAGUCAAUUUAUGAAAAAAGUUAAAGAUUUUAAAAUUGCUGAACAGAACAUCAUUGCUCAAACUCCCAGGUAUUCAUUCACAUUUGAAACAAGUUCAAUACAAGAAUGCAUGCCUCUCACUAGACAACCCUCCUUCGAACAAGUUUUAGACGCAAAGUAAACCCUAACUCCGAGUUACUCCAGGAACCAAAGUCCCAAAUUGCUGUUCAGUAUCUUACUACCUAAAAUUUCAGAACCUUAAUAAUUUAUAUUAAAAUCGAAGUUCAAAACCAACAAUGCCCUUGACAAAAUACUGACUGAAGCCAGGAAUCAAAUCACGACUUCCCAGUCUCCCAGAUCAGUGCAAGUGAGUCAACACAAAAAGAUCAAGUCUCAUCCUGCGAAGGUGUAUACUGAACACAACCGACUCUUACAAAGAGUGAUACUUAAAACUAAGCUGAACUAAUGA